GCUCCCGGUCCCGGCCCCGUUCAGCCCCGGCCUGUCCCGUCCCGGUACCGCCAUGACGCUCCUCGCCGCCAGCAGCCGGGCGGCCGCGCGCCUCCGCGGCCCCAAGAAUGCACCGUGUGUCCUCUUUGCUGCUCGCCACGCCAGCGCCACCACGAACCUCAAGGACGUUUUGGCCACCAUGAUCCCCAAGGAGCAGGCCAAGAUCAAGAGUUUCAGGCAGCAGCACGGCAGCACGGCCAUCGGCCAGAUCACCGUGGACAUGGUGUAUGGCGGCAUGAGGGGCAUGAAAGGGCUGAUCUAUGAGACAUCGGUGCUGGAUCCUGAUGAGGGGAUCCGUUUCCGCGGCUACAGCAUUCCCGAGUGCCAGAAGAAGCUGCCCAAAGCCGCGGGGGGAGAGGAGCCGCUGCCCGAGGGGCUCUUCUGGCUGCUGGUGACCGGAGAAAUCCCAACCCAGGAGCAGGUGACCUGGCUGUCCCGGGAGUGGGCCAAGCGUGCAGCUCUGCCCUCGCACGUGGUGACCAUGCUGGACAACUUCCCCACCAACCUGCACCCCAUGUCCCAGCUGAGCGCCGCCGUCACCGCCCUCAACAGCGAGAGCAAGUUCGCGCGCGCCUACGCCGAGGGCAUCCACCGGGCCAAGUACUGGGAGUUUGUGUACGAGGACGCCAUGGACCUGAUCGCCAAGCUGCCCUGCGUGGCCGCCAAGAUUUACCGCAACCUUUACCGGGAGGGCAGCGGCAUCGGCGCCAUCGACCCCAACCUGGACUGGUCCCACAACUUCACCAACAUGCUGGGCUACACCGACCCCCAGUUCAUCGAGCUCAUGAGGCUCUACCUCACCAUCCACAGUGACCACGAGGGAGGGAACGUCAGUGCCCACACGAGCCACCUGGUGGGCAGCGCCCUGUCCGACCCCUACCUGGCCUUCGCCGCCGCCAUGAACGGCCUGGCCGGGCCCCUGCACGGGCUGGCCAACCAGGAGGUGCUGCUGUGGCUCACGGACCUGCAGAAGGAGCUGGGCAAGGACGUGUCUGACGAGAAGCUGAGAGAUUUCAUCUGGAACACGCUCAACUCGGGCAGGGUGGUGCCAGGCUACGGGCACGCGGUGCUGCGCAAGACGGACCCGCGCUACACCUGCCAGCGGGAGUUCGCCCUCAAGCACCUGCCCAAGGACCCCCUGUUCAAGCUGGUGGCUCAGCUCUACAAGAUCGUCCCCAACGUGCUCCUGGAGCAGGGCAAGGCCAAGAACCCCUGGCCCAACGUGGAUGCCCACAGCGGGGUCCUGCUGCAGUACUACGGCAUGAAGGAGAUGAAUUACUACACCGUUCUCUUCGGCGUUUCCCGAGCUCUGGGCGUUCUGUCCCAGCUCAUCUGGAGCCGAGCCCUGGGCUUCCCCCUGGAGAGACCCAAAUCCAUGAGCACCAAGGGCCUCAUGCAGCUCGUGGGCUACAAAUCCGCCCUGAAAAGGGACGGGGACGGGGCUCCCCCCAGGGAAGAACGCAGCACUGCCGGGCCCGGCCCGGCCACCCCCGCACACUGAA